GUUCCGGCGGGCGGGCGGGCGCCAUGUUGGAGGAGCGGCCGCUGCGGCUGCUGGCGCUGCACGGCUACCGGCAGAGCGAGCGCCGCUUCCGCCAGCGCACCGGGGCGCUGCGCAAAGCCCUGAGGGGCCGCGCCGAGCUCGUGGCCUUCGACGCCCCUCACCUCGUGCCAGGCGGCGAGGAAGACGGCGCCGACGACGGCGCCGACCCCCCCCGCGGCUGGUGGUUCUCCAGGCCCGGCGCCUUUGAGGCGCGGGAGGCGGCUGAGGAGCCGGCGGGGCUCGACGAGGCGCUGGCGGCCGUGGCGGAGGCGCUGGCGGAGCGCGGGCCUUUCGACGGGCUGCUGGGCUUCAGUCAGGGCGCGGCGCUGGCCGCCAUGGUGUGCGCCUUGAGGGCCCGGGGCGAUCCCCGCUUCCCCGUGGCCUUCGCCAUCCUGGUGGCCGGCUUCGCCAGCCGCGCCCCGGCCCACGGGCACUUCUACCGGGAGCCCAUCGCCCUGCCCACGCUGCACGUGGUGGGUGAGGCCGAUGCCGUCAUCGCCGCCCCCCUCAGCUUGGAGCUGGCGCAGAGCUUCGUGGAGCCCGUCGUCGUCACCCACCCCGGCGGGCACUUCGUCCCCGUGGGUGCGCCGCAGAAGAAAGCCUACCUGGACUUCUUGGAGCGCUUCCGCGCGGGCCGGGGGCAGGCUGAGCCGCCGGGGGCUGGAGCUGUUUGAUAACAGCGUCUGUAAUAAACGGGGCUCCAGCCAGGUG